GAUAAAGCUAUCGUCGGCGAAAAAUGUGGAAGGUGGCAGAGUUUUUGCCACGAUGAAAAUGAAGGCAAACUCUCAGCCACACACAUGACCAAGAACAUUGCUCUUAAACUCUUUGCUUCAUGUACCAUACCCCUUCCUGCUAGUGAUGACAUCAUUGUGACUGGCGAGAGAAACGCGUUAUGGCGGUGAGUGCUCUGGGGUGUGCCACAUGGUGGCGCCUCAAGCUGGCCAUGCUGCUGGUCCUGGUGGUCGUCAUGUUCUUUAUUCUCAGAUCAUUGUCCAGAGGUCCUGAGGUAAUAAGGCUCCCCGCGGUGCACUCCAGGGCUGGGGAGUACAUACAGGUGAGACCAGAAUUCAUUCCCAGGAAGAAAAGUUUCAAAGGCUGUGAGAACAACCCAGGCGCUCUGUUUGACUAUGGGAAAGAUGACGUCCUCAGCUACUGUAACUCUCCUUUCAGACAGGAGGAGAGAGGUGAUACCGGGGAAGGCAUUAACAACAGGGGCUAUCAACUGCUUGCGGCCUAUGUCGUAAUCCGCCAUGGUGAUCGCUCCCCCAUGGGUCACAACAAUAGUGUGCUGUCCCUGUACAAACAGCUGUCAUUAUCCUGCAAAUUUGACGAUGGCCUGCUUCAACAGGCAUCAGAGAUGAGCUCCUACGUGAGGACCAUGUCUUCCCACUCCUACCUGCAGACCCAGUUCAAUGGGUUUGAGCUGCACCCUGAGUCCCACCACUGUGGCAGUGCCAUGUUAACACCACUAGGAGCCACGCAGCAUGUCAAACUGGGCCUCCACCUGCAGGGUGCCUACGUCAACAAGCACAAACUCCUUGCUGAAAACUUCACCCAAUCUGACAUGCUUCUUAUGUCCACCAAUAGAGGGCGAACUGUGCAGAGCGCCCUGGCCUUCCUCUAUGGAUUUCUUCCAGGUUUCAGUUUCAGCAAGUUCAGACUAGAUAUUGGUAGUUAUCAAUAUGAUAACUAUUGUGAUGAGUUGAUUUUGGGUCAGCCCUGUAAGUGUGGAGCUCUUUUGCGGCUGAAGGCACAAAUGAGAGAAGACAUCACUCAGAAAAUCAAGACAGACCCAAUCCUGAUCUCUGUUGCAGACAGGUUCAGUGGAGCCAAACGUGCCCCAUGGCCGGCGGAAAUUAUGGACGUCCUCAUGGGUUAUGCAUGCCACAAUGUUGAUUUACCAAAACUGAAUGGGAAAUGUGUUGACAUAGAUGACUUAGAGGCAGUAGUGAAGGCAGCUUAUACUCUGAUAGGGUAUCAGCAACAGUCAGAUAGUCAUAGAAAGGCCUCGGUGCUCAUUGCGUAUCCUCUAGUGUUAAGACUGUCAAAGCUAAUGGCGGCACACAUGUACAAAUACAAAGCCAAACGACAGCCAGUUAAGUUCGCACUGUUCUCUGGUCACGAUACGACGAUCUCCCCACUGCUGACGGCACUAGGACUGCAUGAUGGGAUAUGGCCCCCAUUUGCAUCUCGAUUGACCUUUGAACUCUACAGGAGCGUAGCCAAUGAGAGGCUGUACAUGAGGGUGGUGUAUCUUGGCAAAGAUGUCACCAGGAAGUUGAGAUUCUGCGGAGGAAGUCUCAUUGAUGGGAUGUGCCCAUUGAAAAAUUUCUUGAAAUUUGCUAAGGUUGGUUUACUUAGGGAAUUUCAGACAACUAGUUAUGAGGUUGCAUGCAGCGGAUAAAUUUCUCCUGUUUUUGUUGAAUUUUUUUAUUUCAUAAAUGCUAUUUUUUGUUGUUUGUUCUUCCAGUUAAAGUAUAAUAAGCAACCCAAGACAAAUUUCAAAGGUGAUAAGUAUUAUAAUACUGUAUAUCGAAAUGGUUCAUACCCUGUGUGCAUUUUCUCUUCCCAAAGUAUUACAUUUCAAUGGUUUUUCUCUUAAAAUAUUUUUAGAUCUGAGUGUCUACACAUUACUGUGAUGUGAUAUUCAAACAGAGUUGAACAUUUUAUUCUUUUUAACACCUUGUUUCUAAUAACCAACAAAGGUGAUAUUUUCACAUGUGGUUCUGGACUUUCCAGAAACUGUUAGAACACCAGGCUAAACCUCAUUAUUAAUAUCUUCUACAUGUAUCUAAGGCUGUAUUCCCAGAGCUUUUAGAUCCAUCUAUCCCCGUGGGGAGUCUCACUAGAUUACUGUC